CAGCCUCUCACACCUCUUAUCAGAGACGUACUCCCUAACGGAAUCCGUCACCGUUUAUUUGCCCUUUAAUUUCAAUCCCUCGACCUCCAGCCUCAACCCACCCUCCCUCUCUCAGUUGUAGGUUGUUGCUCAGAAAUUUCUUGCUAAGAUCUUCAGCAUUUUUUUCGUGGAUUUCUAACCAAAAGGUAAUAGUUUUUCUGUUUUCCUAUUUUUUUUGGGUCAUGGGGCAUUUCUCCCUGUUGCCGUUUCCUGUUUCUUUCGUGGAAGCUCUUGAUUGACUGUAGAGAUUUUUUGCUCUUCUAUUGUCGGUUUAGUAUUCAUAGAUUUGAUCUUGGUGACUGCCCAACUGCUUAAUUUGAUAAACUUGUCAGAACCCUUAUUCAUUUUGAGUUUAAAGAUUGAGUAUCUUUAUGGGAAGAUGAGUCCUGCGGUGUUUUUAUAGUGGUUCCUCGCUGUGGGGCUUCUGUGGAGGUGCCUUGUUUCUUGAUUUUGGCGAGGGGUGUAAUUGAAUAUAGAAAUUUUUGAUUGGCUUGAAUAAAAACCCUUAAUUGUUUAGAGGAUAAAGGUUUGGGAAAUGGGGGAGGAUUUGUUGACAAGCUUAAGUAUUGAGAAUUAUCACCCAUCAACAUUUUUGUCGAUGGAUUCGAUCACCUGUCAUGAGGAGCCUGAUCGCGAUAUGAAUAGGCAAGUUAUUCUUUCGGGGCCGCCCGAUAUUAAUCUUCCGUUGUCUGUGGAGCGAAGCCCUCCCCCACAGCCAUGGAACCACGACUCUUUUGAUAUGCUUGAGGUUGGGCUCGGACACCAAGUUAAUGACUCGGAUAAACUCCUUGAUUUGCCUAAAAAUGGGCGGAAGUGUGCCAAGAGAUUGGAUAGUGUGUGGGGUGCUUGGUUCUUCUUUAGUUUCUAUUUCAAGCCUGUUUUAAAGGACAAAUCAAAGUGUAACGUUGUUUGGGAUAGUAAUGGGGUUUCUGGCUUUGAUAAGUCUGAUCUUCAACUCGACGUCUUCCUGGUGCAGCAUGAUAUGGAAAAUAUAUAUAUGUGGGUUUUUAAGGAGAGGCCUGAGAAUGCAUUAGGUAAGAUGCAGUUGAGAAGUUACAUGAAUGGCCACUCUCGCCAGGGUCAGCGUCCAUUUCCAUUCAGUGCUGAUAAGGGUUUUGUCCGGUCUCAUAAAAUGCAGAGAAAGCAUUACCGAGGACUUUCUAACCCACAGUGUUUGCACGGGAUCGAACUGGUUCCAUCACCCAAUUUCAUGGGCCUCGACGAGGAAGAACAGAAGAAGUGGGUGGAACUCACCGGUAGAGAUCUGAACUUCUGCAUCCCGCCUGAGGCAAAAGAAUUUAGUUCAUGGAGGAACCUACCAAACACAGAUUUUGAGCUUGAAAGACCACUUCCUCCAUUGAAGAAUCACAAUUCCCACCCCCCUGCAAAGAAACUGCUUAAUGGGUCAGGUUUGAAUUUAUCAACUCAGCCAUCAAACCAUGUAAAUGGCAACGGGAUGGAUCUCCCAUCUGUUGGUACCAAGAAGAGGAAGGAUCUGUUCUCGCAUGGAAAUGAUGAAGAGUGCUGUUUGCCUAAUAAUCUUAAUGGAGAUCGACAUCAAGAUGCAGAAUUCCAUCCUGUUGAACCUCCUUGGUUGAGUGAGUUUACUGGGGUCAUGAGAAAUGUCUAUGGCCCUGUUACGGCAGCUAAAACAAUUUAUGAGGAUGAAGAAGGAUACUUGAUACUCGUUACUUUACCUUUUGCUGAUCCUGAAAAGGUGAAAGUCCAUUGGUGGAACCAUCUCACACAUGGUGUGGUGAAAAUCUCAUCUGUCAGUACGGCAUGCAUGCCGUUUAUUCAGAGAAGCGACCGGACAUUCAAGCUCAGUGAUCCAGCUCCAGAGCACUGCCCUCCGGGGGAGUUCAGAAGAGAAAUCCCACUGCCCACUCGGAUCCCUGAUGAUGCGAAGCUUGAAGCAUACUUUGACAAGAGUGGAACAGUUCUUGAGAUCAAAGUGCCCAAACAUCGCGCGGGACCAGAGGAGCAUGAAGUUCCUGUUUGCCUUCGCCCUCCUAAUGAAUUUGUGUUGUCUUGAAUGAGAUUUUAUCGAUUAUCGUCUUAGCUCGAGUUGUGGCUUUCCCAUCUUCUCAACAUUGAUAGCUGUUGUCCCGGCGUUUCUGAAUUUAUGCCAAGAAGUCAUGGGGCCGAGGGUGAGAAUCUCACAGCCUGACUUCUGGCGUUAGAUGGUAGAUCUUAGAAUUGCUUAAUCCAAUAUCUGAUUAUUAACCAGGUUUCUUGGAAAAAUCGUCUUUAUUCUUAUUUAAGAUAUGCUGCUGCAUUACACA